GUCGCGUCAGUUCGUCGCUUGCGGUGAGGUCAUACUCAUUCGAUGCUUCUUUCGAAAUUUAUUCUGUUGCGUGUACGAGUCUCAAGUUCAUUUCUCACAUUAAAAGAACGAUAGAGAUGAUCAAAGUAUACAAAUUGGACGACGAGUAGUGUCUUCUGAAAUUGUCUUGAAAAAACUUUGAGAAUUUGUCAAGAGAGAGAGAGAGAGAGAGAGAAAGAAAAAAAGGGAAAUCAAAAAGAGCAAAAAAAAAAGGAAAGGAAAACAGGGAGGACAUAUGAAGAAGAGGGAUAGAAGGAAGGAGAAGACGAACUCUAGAAGAAACGAUUUAUUGUAAGGAAACGAGAAAACUUUGUGACGUAGAAAUGAAAGAUACGAGUAGUACGAAGUACGAACAGUUCUUCGACGACGCAACUUUGGAGAUACCACCAGACAAGGAGCCAAAGGAGCAGCAGCAUAAUGUGGAUUUAAACGGAGAGGAUAAAGAUCAAGAUACCAAAAUGUGGUUAACGACAGCUGAAGCAGCUAGCCUUGGUGCAGAAGAGGUAGCAGCUAGAUUGCACGUCGAUGUAAGGACAGGACUUUGGUGGCAAGAAGCUGAUCAAAGGAGGCAAUUAGUUGGUUUUAAUGAACUUACUGUUAAGGAAGAGGAACCUACAUGGAAAAAAUAUAUCGAACAAUUUAAAAAUCCAUUGAUUCUUUUAUUGCUUGCAUCUGCCUUGGUCAGUGUUUGUAUGAAGCAAUUUGAUGAUGCUGUCAGUAUUACAGUGGCUAUUAUAAUAGUCGUCACUGUUGCAUUUGUACAAGAAUAUCGUUCUGAAAAAUCUUUGGAAGAAUUAAAUAAACUAGUACCUCCUACUUGUCACUGUUUACGGGAGGGGCAAAUAGAAACAUUUCUUGCUCGUAAGUUAGUUCCUGGAGAUGUAGUUUAUUUAAAUAUUGGUGAUAGAGUACCUGCAGAUAUCAGAAUAUUUGAAGCUAUAGAUUUGGCUAUCGAUGAAAGCAGUUUCACUGGAGAAACUGAGCCAGCUCAAAAAUCAACAACUCCUUUGCUUAAAACAAAUGGAUUAACUUCAAAGAAAAAUAUUGCUUUCAUGGGAACGUUAGUACGUUGUGGAAAUGGAAAAGGGAUAGUAGUAAAUACAGGAGAAAAGAGUGAGUUUGGGGAAGUGUUUGCAAUGAUGCAAGCGGAAGAAGCACCGAAAACUCCAUUGCAAAGGAGUAUGGACAUUUUGGGUACACAAUUAUCAUUCUACUCAUUCUGCAUCAUUGGUAUUAUUAUGCUUCUUGGCUGGAUCCAAGGAAAGGCAGUAUUAGAAAUGUUUACAAUUAGCGUCAGUUUAGCAGUAGCAGCUAUACCCGAAGGCUUACCUAUUGUUGUUACUGUAACACUCGCGUUAGGUGUUAUGAGAAUGGCAAAGAGGAAAGCUAUUGUUAAAAAAUUACCGACUGUUGAAACACUUGGAUGCGUAAAUGUGAUAUGCUCGGAUAAAACUGGUACCAUCACCAAAAAUGAGAUGACUGCUACGAUUCUCGUAACAUCAGAGGGAUAUAUAGCUGAUAUUACUGGAGCUGGUUAUAACGAUAAAGGUGAAGUGCGGAUAAGGAAAUGCGACAAUGCUGAACUUGCACGUACUGCAAUUAGUCAUAUGUUAGAAGUAGGAUGCGCGUGUAAUAAUGCCGUAAUACAAAAUGACACUUUACUUGGCCAGCCAACUGAAGGUGCUUUAUUAGCUUUGUCAAUGAAAUUUGGAAUGUAUGGUUGUGCUGAAAAGUAUUUGCGCCUCCAAGAAUAUCCAUUUUCUUCUGAACAAAAGAUGAUGGCUGUUAAAUGUGCACCAAAAUAUGAUGAAAAUAAGCAGGAAAUAUAUUUUGUAAAAGGAGCUAUGGAAAAGAUUUUGCCACAAUGCACAAAAUAUUAUGCAAAUGGUCAGGAAUUUCCUUUGAAUCAAAAGAAAGAUCAAGAAUUUUUAACAGAGGCCUAUGAUAUUGGUCAACAAGGGCUGAGAGUAAUUGGUCUUGCGCGUGGUUCUUCUCUACAAGAUCUUGUCUAUGUUGGACUUGUGGGUAUAUGUGAUCCACCGAGACCACAUGUUCGUGAAUCAAUUGCAACUCUGAUGAACAGUGGUGUAAAAGUUAAGAUGGUUACGGGUGAUGCUAAAGAAACUGCAGUUGCUAUUGCAAGUAUGAUUGGCCUAGACACCCUUCAUUCACGUCUGAUGUCUGGUGAUGAAAUCGAUUCAAUGUCUGAGCAUCAGUUAGAACAAUUAAUAGGAAACGUUAGUGUCUUUUAUCGAGUUACACCUAAACAUAAAUUAUGUAUUGUAAAGGCAUUACAACGAGAAGGCAAUAUUGUCGGUAUGACAGGAGAUGGUGUAAACGAUGGAGUAGCUUUAAAAAAGGCUGACAUAGGUAUAGCUAUGGGCAAGAAUGGCACUGACGUUUGUAAAGAAGCAGCUGAUAUGAUAUUGGUUGAUGAUGAUUUUGGAACGAUUAUUGCUGCAAUUGAAGAAGGUAAAGGUAUCUUCCACAACAUUCGUAACUUUGUACGAUUUCAACUAAGCACCAGCAUAGCAGCACUAUCUUUAAUUGCUCUUGCUACAUUAAUGGGUGUACCAAAUCCAUUAAAUGCAAUGCAAAUACUUUGGAUUAAUAUUAUUAUGGAUGGUCCACCUGCGCAAAGUUUGGGAGUAGAACCUGUUGAUAAAGAUGUUUUAAAACAGAAACCACGAAAUAUUAAAGAACCUAUGAUUACAAAACAUCUUAUAAUAAACGUAUUAUUAUCUGCUUUUAUUAUUAUUGCGGGUACAGCAUGGGUAUAUAAGAGAGAGAUGACAUCAGAUGGUCAUACUGCAAGAGAUACAACAAUGACAUUCACUUGCUUUGUUUUCUUUGAUAUGUUCAACGCGUUAAGUUGCAGGUCACAGAAAAAAUCUAUUUUUACCAUUGGAUUAUGGAGUAACAAAAUGUUCUUAGUAGCAGUAACAUUAUCGGUAAUAGGACAAAUGUUAGUUAUUUAUUUUCCUCCAUUGCAAAGAGUUUUUCAAACAGAGGCAUUAACUGCAAAUGAUAUUUUAUUCUUAGUUGCAUUGACAUCGAGUGUGUUUGUGAUUAGUGAAAUUAAAAAGUUUCUGGAAAGGUUACUUCAAAGGCGACGUGCUGGUGGACAAUACUACAUUAAAUCAGAGAUGGACUUUGUAUGA